CAGUGGCCGCGCGGUUCCAGGCCGUGGGGGCCGGCAGCGCCAUCUUGACAGUGGCAGCGGCCGUGAGGGCGCCUGGUACGGGCAGCGCGCAGUGACCCACAGCGCGCAGUGACCCACAGGGUUCAUUGACCCACAGUGCUCAGUGACCCACAGCGGUGUGUGACCCACAGCAGUGUGUGACCCACAGCGGUCCAAGCCCCCAGUGCCCACAGUACUCGGUGCCCUCGGCCCUCAUCGACCCACAGCGCUCAUUGACCCACAGCAGUCUGUGACUCCCAGGAGGAGAAGGCAGCGUCUUAAGCAGCGCCAACGGAGGUUUAGGUUGGACAUGAGGAAGAACAUCACAGAAAAGAUGACACCAGCAACUCGACAAGAAGUUCUCGGCCUUUACCGCAAGGUUUUCCAAAUAGCCAAAAACUGGCAGUCGGCAUCAGGACAGAUUGAGGAAACCAUGAGAGAGAAAGAGUACAUUAGAAAUGAAGCCAGAACAUUAUUCCGAAAAAACAAAAAUGUAACAGAUCCAAAGCUGAUUAAGCAGUGCAUAGAAGAAUGUGAGGCAAGAAUAGAAAUUGGACUUCAUUAUAACAUCCCCUACCCAAGACCUAUCCAUCUGCCUCCUAUGGGCCUUGCCCAUAAACAAGGCCGUACAUUGCGACACCAGGAGAAGUUAAGGAAGAUUUCUAAGCCAAUAUAUCUGAAAUCCCACGAUGAAGUUUCAUAAGCCACCAUUUAAGCUGUGGUGUGUAAUCACAUCCUUUAAACUGUGAACUGCAGUCUGGGUGAUUUGUGUGCACGACUGUGAAUAGUGUGGUCACUUGCUCACACAUUUCCUGAGGCCAGAAAGCCAAUUGAUCCAUUGUGUAUGAUGGAUGAGGUUGGUUUAGUAUUUAUUACAUUUCAACCACUGACUUGUCAAUAAAAGUAACACUUUUUAAGGAGUGAGGUGUGACACAAAGAUUACUGUGACAUCAGGACAAACUGUGGCAGGAUUUCAAACUCUGUUUAUCUGUAACAAGGUUCUCUGGUGGUUUGAGGGGUCUCUGUGCUCAGUUGUGACUCAGGAGUGUGCCUUGUGUAAGGUCAGCCAAAAUUAAGGAAGUCUGGGAGAGUCAAGCAGACACAGCUCCUCCAGAGCUUCUGAAUGCCAGUGGCAAUACAGUCACUGCACCAUGCACCUGCUCUCCUUCCUCUCUGCUCCCUGUUCUGCCUGCUGUCCUGGAGGAGAGCUCCAGUGUCACAGUACCCUUAUGGGGAAGUUUUGUUUCUGGACAGUACAAAAGAGACAGCGGAAGUGCCACUGCUCCUUUGCAAACUGCAGAGGAGUGGCCUAGAGUCUCUAUGUCAGCUUUUUUCUCUCUUCCUUUGGAGAGGGUGUGGAUGUGAAAUGCAAAGUUUGGAAUGCUAUUACACAACUCUGAGUAAAACAUUCCAGUGUUGGGUUCCUCAGGUUCCCAUGUAUGGACUAGCUGAAAACUCUGCCUUCAGGGUAUCACUAUGGGAACAAGUUUAGGAUGCUUUGGUGUCCUCACUGUGUGUUCUCACAUUGUCAGCUUUUCAGCAUAAUCAGCAUACUGGCUUUCUCAACAAUUAUUUUAAUUUUCCUGUUAUAAGGUUUUAAGUCUUAUGUUAUGGAUUGAACCCCAACUUUAGUAAAAGAAAGUAUCUACAAGUCUCCUAUGUUUGAGGGAUAUUUCUGUUACCCAGGUGCCUCAUGAAUAGAAGUAAAAUGACAUUAAUUUUCUUUUCAUGGGC